AUACCUAAACGAAGAUAUAGGAAACAUGAAAAAAUAUGACAGAUUCAUGUAGAAUAUUUAACACUGAAUACAGACAUCAAUUCAAAAAAAAAUCACAAGCAUUGAGACAUUCAUUCGUUCAUUCUGAUUGUUUUGCUGAUCGUAUAGAAGAGGAUUGGCAGAUUGAUCCAUGUUUGGCUUCUAUACCAACUAAAUUUGAUGAGGCUGCAGAAAAACUUGUGCAGAAACAAAUAUUGGAUAAUACUAGAACAAUCUAUCAAGUUAGCUAUAAAGAUCCCUGGAGAAUCCAUAAAGACGAACUUGAAAAAGAAGAUGAAGAAAAAGAGAAAACGUCCAAAGAGAUUAAUUUCCAAAGCGAAUUAUUUGCAUAUAUCAGAAAAUUAUACUUUGAUCCGCAUGAGGAAAAAGUUCUAGCUCCACCGGCUACAUCCAAACGAAGUAUAUUAGCCGGUGUUUGUUUCCAUUUGCACUGGGUAAAAGGCAAAGAAAGUUUAGACAGAUGGCAUACCAGAGUUACAUUGCGCAAUUUAAAUGUUGUAGGAUUUAUUAGUGCAGUUUCUGGUAUGACUGCAUUAAUUUGGUAUCUCUUUCUAACGUUUUAUCAAUCAAUCCCUAUAGUACCAAUUUUUCAAAGUACUGCUAUUACUGCAGUAUGGGCUUUUAUUUGUGGAACGUGGGGUAUCUUGUUGAUGUUUUACUCCAAUAAAUAUGAAUUACUUAUCCAAGAAGGAACAGCUCCUAUUCUUAAUGAAAGUACUGCUUAAAGAUUUUUAUAUUUUCUUUAAAUAUUCAUAUUUUUCUAAUCAAAAAUAUAUAUAAAUGUAAGAUUAUAACAGAGUUAUCUAUACGUAAUUCAUAAAUAAAUCUGAUAAGGGAGAA